CGGUGGUAAUAACAAUAUAGGUGAAGCCAUAAAUUGACCACACAAGUUCCUGGGCCAUGCCAUAUAAAUUAACUACAAAAUUUCCUGGGCUAUUCUCAACGUAAGGUAAGAAAGACUCAGUCUCAACAGAUACUACUCAAGUGGAAAAUAAAGAAUUAAAAAUGGGAGGAUCACUUGACACACAAAAUAGAUCAACCACACACGAGGCUACCGAGGAAGUUGCUACCAAGAAAGUAGAUACUGAGGAGGCCACUACUGAAGCCAUGGCUACUCCAAAACAGCCUGCCCCCGGUCAUCAUACAAAAAUGGGCACAGAUUCAGAGCAAACAAAACAACAAGAAAAGGACCCCACACAGAGGCAUCUUACAAUUCACGUCAAUGUAAAUACAGACUUUGAAAGUUCGUUUGAAUUGGACCUGAAGGAUCCACUCAGUGCAGACGGACUUGCACAAGAGACUUCUACUACUCGUCAGGGUAACCUGUUUGUAAUACGGUUCCCAAACGUUGGUAGCAGUGGCCAGUUCGCCUAUGUCGACACGUACAAUAACGUACUGAGAUACGGCAGUGAUGACGACAAAUUAGGGCUAUCAGCCGUCUUGAGCAUAACAAACAAGACACCUGGAAGUGUUACUAAGGAUACCCAAUACCACCUGUCAACAAUUGUCAACCCUUUCUCUUUCCUAACACCUGGUGGGAGCGUGGAAAAAUAUACUCAAAUGACAUACAGAAAUUUCUUUAAUGGGGAUGGAACCGAUCCAACCACACGAUUUAAAAUCACAAAUGAAGAUGGAGGAAAAGAAACAUGUCUUUCGUUUUCAGCGCUAACAGCGGAUCACAAGCCGGUGACAAAUGGAUAUCUCAUGCCAGCUUCUGUCUCGGACGGGCCAAAACAGGUUGAAAGGCCAUUAGUCGUCGGCUCGGCUGGACCAAAUUACAAUACGGAAGUGUAUCUUGUCGGUAACUACACAUACGACACACUGCCUGUUGAUAGGAGCAAUUGACUCCACUAAGCAAAGGAAAUUUGACUGUGACAAAUGCACUUAGAGUGUGGACAAUAGCUUAUAAUUAUUAGUUUUGUAAAAUAAUAUUAUAGCAUAAGCAUAUACUGUAGUAUGUAUAUAAUUUAUGUGUACUAAAAUUGAUUGUUGGUGACUUCAAAACAAUAAAAAGUGAGUAAGUGA